AUGCGGAAUGAGUUUAUGGCAGCCUGGGAUGGAUUGAGGUCAAAAGACAGCCAGAGAAUCCUUAUCCUAGGUGCCACAAAUCGGCCAUUUGACCUUGAUGAUGCUGUCAUUCGCCGCUUACCAAGAAGGAUUUAUGUAGACCUUCCGGAUGCUGAAAAUCGUUUGAAGAUACUGAAAAUAAUUCUUGCUGAAGAAAAUCUACAAUCUGGAUUUCAGUUUGAACAUCUUUCAAAUGAGACCGAAGGGUAUUCAGGGAGUGAUUUGAAGAACCUCUGUAUCGCCGCAGCAUAUAGACCUGUCCAAGAACUUCUGGAGAUAAAAAUGGAGGGAAGCAGAAAUGAUUUGGCUCCAGCAUUAAGACCACUCUGUAUGGAAGAUUUCAUUCAGUCAAAAGCGAAGGUGGGGCCAUCAGUUGCUUAUGAUGCAGCAAGCAUGAAUGAGCUUAGGAAAUGGAAUGAACAAUAUGGGGAGGGAGGAAGCAGGAGAAAAUCCCCAUUUGGUUUUUGA